GAAAUGGAUUUUUUGAAUCCUAUGAAUGGAUAUUAUUCGAAAACAAUAAAAAAGGUAAAGAGGAUAAUAUAAUUUGGAAAAUAAUUACCUUGAUAAUUAGGAAAAAAUAUAUUAAUUACUGAUCCAUGCUAAUAAUCUGUCACGCAUGGCAUGUAAUGCAACCGAAUGAACACUUGGCAGUCAUAUUGUCUAACAGUAACAGUAGGACCCACGUCUCCCACUAACAGCAAGCACGCAGGGGCGGACCCAGGGAGUUUUAGGGAUGUCCCCGGACACCUCUAAAUUUCGAGAAAAUGAUUAUCCAACCUCCGGUGGUAAUUUGCGUAUAGACAAAAAAAUAUAAUUGAUAGUGAGGGACACCCCCUGAAAUUUGAAAAAAUGAUUAUCCUACUGUCAUUUGUGUAUAAAAAUAUAAAUGGUAGGUUGGGUAAUUCAAAUCUAGAACACUAUUAUUAUUAAUAAACUUAAUUUCCGUUGAGCUACAACUCAUUUGUUGUUCGAUUUUGAACAAUGUGUAAUAGUAAAAAGUCAUUCCCUAUCUCUAAUUAUUUCAAUCUAAACUAAUUUCAAUCUACCCUUAAUUUGUAUUGAUUUUAUGAUUGUACGGCAAGUGUUGAAGAGUAUUUCAGCUUUGGGUUACAUCAAGAACAAGUUUACAAAUCGAAUAUAUGAUAAGUUCCUGAAUGAUUGUCUAGUAGGGUAUAUAGAGAAUUUUUUUAACACUAUAAACACCAAGUGUAUUCUACAAUUAUUUUCGAAUAUGAAAACACAUCAUGGACUAUUUUAACCUGUACGAGUAAGGUAUUUUCAUAUUUACGAUUUUAUUUUUAUUAAUUAUUUUUCUAUUUUAUUUAUUUUUUAAAAGAGGACACCCCUAUAGAAAAUUUCUGGGUUCGCCAUUUCCUACACGUCGCAGAGCAGCCGCCGCAUCACCGCUGGCGCCGGAGUCGGAGUUCCCCGGCAGGGCACUAUUUUUUCCUCUGUCGUAGAAAACCUCGAAGUCCCCGUCUCUGUUUGUCAACAACCCAAAAACGGCCGGUCCCACUGAGACCCACGUGGCAAGCCCUAAUUUCCAGCAAAAAUAAAAACCAAAAAGUAAUAAUAAGGAAAAUUACUUUCAUUCUGCGGGAUUUCUAUUCUCUUUCCUCUAUAAACUUGAAAACAAAACAGGAUUUCGAUUAUUUUUCGUCUUAUUUCCAGGUUUUAGUCCAACAAGGUCACGCACAACUGAGAGGUAAAGAGGCCCCUUCUCUCCUAACUCUCUCCCUCAGCCAGAGAAAAAUUCCAUUCUUCACUGUGUGCUUUGAUUCUUUGGUUCUGCUGGCAAGUCAUUUCAAUUGAGUUGAAAUGAAAUGAAUCCCUAGUUUCCACCCCUCUUCCUAAACAGCAAUUGCCAUUUCUUCUUAGUUUGGGGUGAAUCGGUUCAUCUGGUCCAUGCAUGUAGCCAAGUUCUGAACUUGGGGGGAGGGAUUUGGUGAUUUUCUUGCGCCUAUGAAGCACCUUAUAUUUUCCUGAAAUUUUUAUUGAUGUGGGUAUGGUUUAUUGGGUCUCAAGACUCCGAAAGUUCUGAUUUUUUUUUGUUUUUACGCUGUAGUUUCUCACUUUCGAACGCGUUGGUACUUGUGGUUCUGUAUGCUGCAGGUGCAUGUUACAGUGGCUCUGGUUAUGGUAGCAACUGCUAAGUUUUAGCGAGGUUAGCGUUUCUGUUUUAGUUAUGGCUUCCGUUUAUCGCCGAUUUUUCAGUUUCUUAUUGAACCCCUUGGUGGUUGAUUCCCAUUAAUGGAAUGAUGUGAUGAUGUUAUUCAAUUAUGGGCGCUUGUUCAUGAUUGUAUAUGAUCCACUCUGUUCUGUUAUAUUUUUUGGAACAAGUCUUAUUUGUUGUUUAUCAUUUCCUUUCUGUCGUGAAUUGAAUGCGCAUUCAAACUUGAGAAUCAACGCUCGGACCACCUGGCUUUAGGUAUGGUGUGAUGUUGGAUUGUUCUGUUUGGGGCAGUUUAUACCUGAAAAUCGUGGCUCAUUGACUGUAGUUUGGAUUCGAGCUUUUAGCUGCGGUUUUAAGCUUCUUUGGUUGCCGUAUCCCAACAAUAUACCCUUGCUUAUGUUCAGCCUUCCCUUAACUUUGUUUUGCCUAUGCACUAUCUUGUUUCAUUGUCUGUACGCGGGAAGUUAGUCUCUAAAGUUUUCUUUGGUCUACCUAAAGUCUUGAGAGGAUAUGCUAUUACGGAAAAUGGGCAUGAGAUGAUCGGCUUGGUAUAAUGAAUCCUAGCAAUUGCAAAUUGUUAUUAGUCCUCCUGUGUGCAAUAAAUUAAUAAUGCAUUUAGGACUUACUACCAUGUUGUUCAGUAGAUGCAUUUAGGGGUUGAUGUUUUAUUAGUUAAGAUCUAGGACCCUGCCUUGCCAAACAUAGGCGUUGUAGAUAGAUAUUCACCUCUUUUCAACAAUGGAGAUACUAAAUAGAUAGCAACUUUUCCUCCAUAUAGAUUCCGUAGUGCUUUAUCUUUUUCCCUUUUUCCCCAUAUCAAACAUUCCGAACCAAGAAUCUUAAAAUCUACAGUCUUAAUCACGCCUUAUGUUGCCACGUUUUGGUCACAAGUGAAUUAUUUCUCUCGGUCAGUUCUUAGAUUUCUUAGCAUUUUAGGACUCAACUAUUAUAAACAAACAUUUACUAGGAUAGACUGGAGUAAGGGCGGAUUUGGCUGUUUACCAUUUGCGGAAGUACAUUGAUUGAUUAAAAACCUUACUCUAACGAUCUAUGGGUGUUAUGGAUACUUCUUCCUUUCCUUUCUUUAUGUCUGCAAUGUUUUCCUGCAUGUCAUCAUUCUAGCACUCUAAUAUUGCUGUCACACACUUGUUUCCUAAUCGGUUCCUCCACUGCUAAUUCUAUUUGCCCCUUCAGGAAGAAUAAAUCCAUCGGAAGGUAGUAAGGAAGUCUUGAUAUCAACAUUAUAGGCUCGACAUGAGCGAGGCAACUGUAGUUUAUAUUAAUAAUCCAAAUGCUUCUUCGGCAAUUGUCCCCGUGAAACGUAGGCGUGGUCGUCCGCGCAAGCAUCCUAAAGUGGAUCAUCUUGAUCACAGUAGAACUUCCCAUUCUAAUUUUUCUUCUGGUGGAGGGGUCAACGGGAGUCAUCAGCCCAAUUCAGUGAAUAAUAAUGACAUUAUGCUUGGUCAACCUGUCGUUGGUGUUAUCGAAGCAGUGUUUGAUGCUGGGUACUUGCUCAGUGUCAGGAUUGGCAACUCAGGCACCAAUUUGAAGGGUGUCGUGUUCAAACCCGGGCACUACAUUCCUGUUUCAGCUGAGAACGACAUUGCCCCUGAUGUUCGAAUGAUACCAAGAAACGAGUUUCCUAUUCCUAGAGAAGUUAAUACACCUAUCCGUCGCCGUCGUUAUCGUACUAGAGAAAGGAAUGGGACUUCUCGUGUGACCCCACGUGCGGUGGCCUCAAGUGGCAACCAGGUACUGCCUUUGAUAACACAAACUGCUGCUUCCCCUGGGAUCUCUAGAGGCAACGUGGUGCCUGUUGUGCUCCAUCCUGUUACUACUGUGUCAAAUGGGGUAGCAAUCAACACCAGCGAGCCAUCUUCGGUUGCUAUGGCUCCUCAUCUGAUGACGGCUAUCUCUAAGGGGAAGGGUGUUCCAAAUGUAGCUGCUGAUCCUUUAUUAAGUGGACCGUCGUCGUUUGCACAACAGCUGGCAGAAGCUGAAAAGCAGGCUCAGACCAGUUUUGUAUACAAUAGUUCAACAACAACGAAGCCUCAGCAUGAUGCAGGAGGCAAGUGUACACAAUCCGCAGCAGGUUCGGGCCUUGCUAUGGGAGAUGACGAGGAAGAAGAAGACGAGUACCAAGAAGAUGAUGAUGACGAAGAUGAUGAGGAGGAUGACGAUGACACAGAUCAGCCUCUUACUGUUGAGCCCCUGCGGUCUAUACAGCCCAAUCUUAACAACCCACCUGCUGAUGUCUCAGCCCAGCAUAUGGGGAGCUACAUGACAGGCAAGAUGACUGAGCUAUUACAGGUUGUGCAGAAGAACGUGAUGGAAAACCAGGUAGUGCAGGCUGGGCAACCGAGUCAGUCUGGAACUGAGCAGGGAGUGAAAGCCGAUGGUUUAUAAAACUUCCCAGAAAACAUUGCAACCCAAAACCAUGGUUAUCAAAAGAGGUUAUGUGGCAGUAGCUAGUUGUUGCCAUUAAAUACAGACAGUCCUUGGAUCUAAGAGUAGCCGAUAGUGGUUUUAAGUUUCAACAACAUAUGAACUUGUGAGGCUGUAGAGAAACUGGAUGUUCUUACUGUUUACAAUCCUAUAUAUGAAGAGAAGGGACGCAUUUUCUUUGAGAUUUGACAGAUCUAUGUGGUCCGCCUAGCAGAAGAAGUGCAAAAGCUUGCUGUUCCCUGUCUAUCUACGGCCUCUAUGGAGAUGCUCUCUUGUUUUUUUAUAUCCGGCUGCAAGUUUUAGGAUCCUCCUUAUCACCCAUACAAUGUCAUGAACUUAAACUGCAUUGGCGUUUUGCGGAUGACCUUCUCGCAUCAUAGGGUUGGAUUCAUCCUGUGGAGGUGCAUGAUGGUGAUUUGAUUCGUUCUUCAACUGUUGUACAUGGUUUAUGGGCAAAGGUUUACCCCGGCAACCUUACAGAGCAUCAUGCGCCAGUUUUAAAUUCGAUUCUUUUCCUAUACGAUAUUUGAGAGUGUGAUUACGGGCAAAUUGAGAGUCAGGAUUGUGACAUUCUUAUACCCAUGAUUGCAUAACAGGUCUGAUACAGAGGUGGAAGGUUAAGAGCUACAAAAAGAAGAAACCAACUUUGCAUUUCUUGUAUAACGGUACAUUGUCAAGAAUUCUAACAAAAUUGAUUCCACGACCAAAAUGGCCGAGAUCUCCAAAUGCAGAGAAAAGUGCAUUUCUUUUUCCCCCUCUCUUUUUUACCUUUGUCCCUUUUCCAGUUGAUGGUUCACAAUUUGCAAAAAUGGGAAAAUCUUGGGCUACCUAUGAACUGUAUAGACUUAACCAACGGAUCAAAAAUUUUAAUUGCCUGCUGCAAAGAAAGAAUGGGAAAGGCAGUGGAUGAAUAUUCAGGGGAACUUGGUGCCAAAGAGAGCGUUGGAUGAUGGAACAUGAAUGGGACGAUUUGCAUGGAUUGGAGGCGGCAAGAGUGGGAUGUGGCCUGGCAUUGUAAAUGGUUGCUGUCCACCACCACCCACAAAUUGAGGCGACAUACAGAUUGGCACCACCGAUUCCUGCAUUUCACAAAAUGGGAUAUCCGACGAGCAUAAGAACCCCGAGCCAUACAACCCAACAGAGUAAAAAAACCGAAUCAUUCCUAUCAACUUCAUUUGAUCAGUCAUAAACACUGGUGUUCAAAAUAUCAACUUGCAGAUAUCCAUACCUUGGUGCUUAGGAUAUGGAACCUGGUGAGGACCAAUCAAGGGUCGCACUGCCAUCUUUGCUCUGAAGUAAAUCCUUUUUUAACAUGAAAACAGUGAGAACUAAAUGCAAAUGUUCUGG